AACGACACCUGUUAAUCCCCCUCCCCCCAGGCUCACCUGAGUGCAGGUUAGGCAGGUGAAACGUCUCCCCGGAAACAGAGCAGAAGGCCCCACCUGCCCAGCCCUGCCUGCCCGCUCCAUUGGAUCCAGCACGUCUGUGGUUCUCCUCCCCCCAGGAACCAGUGGUGACAGCUGAGGCCAUGUGAGUAGAUCCUGAAUGAGGCUUUAUCCGUGGCUGUUCGUCCCAUCGUCCACCGUGGCACCAGCUCCCUCGGCCAGCCGGGAUGGGACAGGCAACUGAGAGAGCCAGAGUCAAAGAGGUGAUGGUGGCCAGCGCCUGGACUGUGACAGGAGUGGGGCUCUGGGCCUGUAGCCGCCAAGCAGGAGGUGGGGGCACCAGGCCAUGACCUGCACCCUCUGACUCCUGACGCCGACCUUCUGCCCUGACCCCUGCCUGACCAAGCCAUGACUGAACAAGAGGCUCAUGCCCGGGUGGGCCGAGGGCUGCCCCCGGAUGUGCUGGCGGAACAGGUGGAACUGUGGUGUUCCCAGCAGCCGCGGCGCUCGGCCCUCUGCUUCACCGUGGCCGUGGGGCUUGUGGCGGGCUGUGGGGCAGGUGGUGUGGCGCUGCUGUCCUCCACCAGCAGCCGCUCAGGUGAGUGGCGCCUGGCCACGGGCACCGUGCUCUGUCUGCUGGCCCUGCUGGUUCUGGUGAAGCAGCUGAUGAGCUCGGCGGUGCAGGACAUGAACUGCAUCCGGCAGGCCCACCAUGUGGCCCUGCUGCGCAGGGGCGGGGGCGCAGAUGCCCUCGUGGUGCUGCUCAGUGGCCUCGUGCUGCUGGUCACCGGCCUCACCCUGGCUGGGCUGGCUGCCGCCCCUGCUCCUGCUCGGCCCCUGGCUGCCAUGCUGUCUGUGGCCAUUGCUCUGGCGGCCUUGGGCUCACUCUUGCUGCUGGGCUUGCUGCUCUACCAAGUGAGCGUGAGUGGACACUGCUUCUCCAGCCGUGCGGCCGCCCCCUCCAACCACAGCGGCCACCGUGGCGAUGGCAGCGUCUUCAGCAUCUCAGGACAGCUCUCUGCUGGUCAGCGCCACGAGACCACAUCCAGCAUCGCCAGCCUCAUCUGAGGGAGCCAGAACCUCUGACCACGACCUGUCCCGACAUCCCCAGAACUGUGCCAGGACAGGCACCCAUGUGCGCGUGCAUGGAUGGCGAGUGUGUCUGUGUCCCCAGGGCCGUGUCAGCCCUUCUGUGGCGUGGCCUGACGUGGGAUUAGGAGCCCACAUGACCCACAUAUCCAUGCCAUGGAAGGUGAGCGUGUGCCUCUCUGGAAGGGUGCUUGUGUCUGUGGAGCUGCCUAUGUCUGGGGCCUCUGUGCAGAGAAACAUUUGAGGUCCCUGAAGAUUUUUGACCCCUAUUUCCUAUGAGUUUCGUGUUUUAUUGCCAGAGGACACAUAGAGAGAGAGAGGGUGGGGGAGGGAUAAAGCACCCCCCAAUGG